AUGGCCGCGUCAACAACCAAAGGGGCAGCCGCCCUCACUCAGUUCCCGUCAAAGCCGCGAGUCUUUAUUUUGACAGACAUCACCAACGAGCCUGACGAUGCCGAGUCCUUUUGCCGUUACCUCACUUACUCCAACCAGUUCCGCACAGAAGGCGUCGUCGCCGUCACGUCGGUAUGGCUCAGGAACAAGGUCGCGCCGCAAAACCUCCACGAGAUUGUGAAUGCGUAUGAGAAGGUUGUCGAUAACCUCAACGCCCAUGCGCAUCCGGGCUCCCCCUACCCUUCGGCACAGACAGUGAGAGACCUUAUCAAGUCUGGCCCUCCGGUCUAUGGCAUGGAAGCUGUCGGCGACGACAUCCCCCUGAGCGAAGGCGGCGAGCUGCUCCUCGAGCGACUAACCGCGCCCGACGCCGAGCCGCUCUGGGUCCUCGUCUGGGGCGGCAUCAACGUCCUCGCCCAGGUCCUGCACAAGAUCCGCGACCGGCCCGACGCCGCGGCCCUGCGUCAGAAGCUGCGCGUCUACACCAUCUCCGACCAGGACGACUGCGGCGCCUGGAUCCGCCAGCAGUGGCCCGAGAUCUUCUACAUCUGCUCCGUCCACGGCUGGAACCAGUAUCAGUGCGCCGCGUGGACCGGCAUCUCCGCCCCCUGCGCAGGUGACCAGGGCGGGCCGGACGGCUCGAAGGUGACGCACGAAUGGGUCAAGGAGAACGUCCAGAUCGGCCCCCUGGGAGCGGCUUACCCCAACUUCGAGUUCAUCAUCGAAGGAGACACGCCGACUUUCCUUUAUCUCAUCCAGAAUGGUCUUGGUGUUCCCGAAGAGCCCAUAUACGGAUCCUGGGGAGGACGCUACAUCCCGGCCAAUGUCAGCUCCAAGGGCCUGCCCGCCAGGGGCCACUUUGCCGAUGCCAUCGACACCGUGAUCGGCGUAGAUGGCAAGCCGCACAGAUCGAACCAGGCUACCAUCUGGCGCUGGCGGAAUACCUUCCAGGACGACUUUGCAGCGCGCAUGCAGUGGACUCUCACGUCUGACUUUAGCAAAGUCAACCACCACCCCGUUCUUUCAGUCAACGGUGACUCCAGUCUGACACCAAUCCAUGUUGACGCAGACGCCGGCGGUGUUGUCUCGUUUGACGCAUCCGAGAGUUACGAUCCGGACGGCGAUAAGCUGAGCUAUAAGUGGUAUCAGUACCGUGAGCCCAGCUCGCUGCAGACGUACCACGGCAUGGAGGUCUCUGACCUUGAGAUCAAGCCUCUGAACGAGGACGGAAGCAAGCUCCGCAAAGCGGCCAGUAGGAGAUCACGACUUACAGCUCUCGCAAACAUGGUCCGGUUCAACCCAAGCAGCGACAUCCCUGACCUUUCAGGCAAGGUCAUCAUCGUCACCGGAGGCAACAUCGGCCUCGGCAAGGAGACCGUCACGCAGCUCAGCAAGCACAACCCAGCACACAUCUACCUCGCCGCUAGAAGCCAGUCAAAAGCGCUGGCAGCCAUCGAAGACAUCAAGAAGAAUGUCUCCGACGCCGCGCCCAUCACUUUCCUGGAACUCGACCUGACAUCCUUUGAGAGUGUCAAGCGAGCCGCCAAGGAGUUCCAGUCCAAGGAACAGAAGCUCCACCUCCUCAUCAACAACGCCGGCAUCAUGGCCUGGCCCGCCGACACCACGAAGGAAGGGUACGAGAUCCAGUUCGGCACAAACCACAUGGGCCACGCCCUCUUCACCAAGCUCCUCCUCCCCACGCUCUCCAAGACCGCCAAGUCGGACAGCGACAAGGACGUGCGCAUCAUCAACCUCUCCUCGGCCGCCGAGGGGUACCCGUCGAAAGACGUGUGGAACUUUGAGGCCCUCAAGACCGACAUGGCCUCGUACAGCACCUGGGCUCGCUACGGCUGCUCGAAGCUUGCCAACGUCCACCACGCUCGCGCUCUGGCCAAGAGGUAUCCGGAGAUCCGCUGCAUCUCGCUCCAUCCCGGUGUUGUCAGCACGAACCUCGGCAGCGGGCUGUUGGCUAGCUGGCCGCUAUUCAGGCCCCUGAUCAACCUUGCGCUGUGGGCUGUGACGACGUCGGUUGGGGAGGGAGCCAAGAACCAGCUGUGGGCCGCGACGAGCCCGGAGGCGAAGACUGGCGUGUUUUACUGGCCUGUGGGCGUGACGGGUAAGGACUCGAAGCUUUCUUUGGAUGAUGACCUUGUUGAGAAGCUAUGGGACUGGACGGAGAAGGAGUUGGAGCCGUACGUUUGA